UAACGCUUUGCAAACAAUGUUAUCGCACCGAGUGCCGCGAUAUGCAUUCAUUUAAGCUGGAGCACUUAUCGGGUGCAGUUCCACAAACUUUUCUUCAAAAAUGCUUUCUCACAAACUUAGCAUAAAAGCGAUCAGCAAAAGCAGCAUCACAAAAAAUGUUGAAACUGCAAGAUAUUGGGCGAUAAUAAAGAAGCACACAAGCGCUGCCGGUCCUACCAGUACUACCAGCUCGUUCACAAAUGUUGAUCAACAACUGGAUAUGACCGUGGAAUGGCAGCAAGCGCAGCCAUACUGCGAGUUGCCUAAAGAUGGCGUUUUCAAUUUUCUGCGUAAAUUUUUACCUGGUGGCCGAUAUUACAAUUUGGACUCUGCCCAAAUUGUUAAGUCAAUGCAAAAGGAACAUGGCGAUAUUUAUAUAUUACCAGGAAUGAUGGGUCGACCUGAUGCCGUCGUUACACACAAUCCAGAAGAUUUUGAAUGCAUCUAUCGCAAUGAAGGUAGAUGGCCAAUAAGACCAAACUCAUCAACAUUGCGAUAUCAUCGAAAUGUGCUGCGAGCUGAAUUCUAUAAUGGCAUCGAAGGAACGAUAGCGACCCAAGGUGAACAGUGGGGCUCGUUUCGUUCGAUUGUAAACCCGCUGCUUAUGCAAUCGAAACAUAUGAAAAAUUAUCUCAACAAAAUGGCGCAGGUAAACCAAGAACUUGUUGAGAGAAUUCGCUUAGUACGCAAUCCCGAAACCUUAGAAAUGCCAGACGACUUCGAAGAAACUCUACAACGUUGGACGCUGGAGUCGGUAUCCGUAGUGGCAUUGGACAAGCAACUUGGAUUGUUGCGAGAAAAUAGCGCAAAUUCUGAAAUUGCCUUAAAACUAUUUUCAGCUCUGACGGACUUCUUCACACUCACCUUCGAUUUGGAGUACAAACCAUCACUGUGGCGCAUUGUGAGCACACCCAAAUUUAGACGUCUCAUGCGAGCUAUGGAUGAUAUACAAAAUAUAACAUGGAAAUAUACAACGGAGGUCAUCGAAAAACUGGAGGCCGAAAAACGGCAAGGCAUCGAACGUAAAGAACGAGAGCAAAGUGUGUUGGAGAAACUGCUGAAGAUAGACAAGAAGGUAGCCACAGUCAUGGCUAUGGAUCUACUUAUGGCAGGCGUUGAUACGACAGCUUCAGUGGCAGUCGGUGCGCUGGUAUGUCUAGCCAAGAAUCCUGAAAAGCAGGAAAAACUACGACAGGAAAUAUUACGUGUGCUACCGCGAAAAGAUGGUGACUUCACGAUUGAUGCGCUGGACAACAUACCCUAUCUACGCGCCUGCCUGAAGGAGGCAUUGCGAAUCUAUCCUUUGGCUAUUGGAAAUAUACGUGUGCUACAUAAUGAUGUCCUCUUGAGCGGAUUUAGAGUGCCAAAGGGUACUGUAGUAACCAUGAUCUCGUCAACUGCAUUACAUAGUGAGGAACACUUUCCACGGCCCUUAGAAUACAUACCGGAACGUUGGCUUCGUAUGAAUAAAGAAGAUGAGCAGUCGAAUGAGGAAGCAGCCGAUUAUACACAAGCACUUAAACCAAGUAAUCCGUUCAUCUAUUUGCCAUUCAGUGUCGGACCGAGAGCUUGUGUGGGUCACAGAUUAGGCGAUUUGGAAAUGGAAUUGGGUAUUGCGAGAUUGGUUAGAAAUUUUCACAUAGAGUUCAAUUAUCCGACAGAUAACAUAUUUAAGGGAAUGCUGAUUAAUAUGCCAAAUGUACCGUUAAAAUUUAAAUUCAUUGAUAUUGAAUAAAAAAGAGAAGGAAGAU